AUGGCUUUUUUUAGAACAAAUAAAAUACACAAAAAGGGAAAUUCCAAAUGUAGUCAUAAAUUGGAGAGGCACAUUUUAAGUGGCCCUCUGGAGGGAGGACAGUCGCUCGAAAGUGGAGAAGAAGAAGGGGAUGAAAGUUAUGAAGUUGGGGCAAAAGACGGAUGGGACCCAUGUGCAGGCUCCAAAAAGGAGGAGACAAACGAAAGAAGAGGUAAAGCAGAUGAUGAAGAAGGGGACGCAGAAUCUCACUCGAGUGGUACUACUGCCAAUUCGGAUGAAAAUGAUGAUAACACGGAAAACGUGACAAAUGUGCAAUGUGAAAGCAUCGCGCAGUACCUGGAUGGAGACUUCCUAUGGAGCGUGAUCAACGCGUUGAACGAGGGGCAAAAAAAAAGUCCUGCAGUGCGCUUAAGGGGUGGAGAUGAACAUGCUGAACAGGGCAUGCACAACAAAAUGCCCCAAAUUUAUAUAAGCAAAAAAUAUAUCGACGUGGGGUGCCUCGCUGCUUGGAAAUUGUCAAGCAGUAAAAGCAAAUCGGACACAAAAAAAUUAAAAGACAAUAAUGUGAACACAUACUGGCAGUCCUCCGGAAUAGGACCACACACAAUCACAAUACAAUUUUUUAAACUUACAAAAAUUUCCAAAAUAUAUUUACUCUUUAAUUAUUUAUUAGACGAAUCUUACACGCCUUACGAAAUAUCCAUCAAAGUAGGAAACGAUGAAAAUCGUCUCGAUGUUUUAUGUACCACCUUUUGCGAUGUGAAUAAACACCCUGUGGAUGAACCUUUUUGGUUUGUUAUUGACUUGGCAAAAUUUCAACUCCUCUCUUACUUGUAUAAUUACAAUAUGAGCACCUUCAAGCGUUCGAAUUUUAUAUACUGCCGUUACUUACAAAUUUGUGUCAUGUCGAGUCAGCACUAUGGGCGGGACACGCGCAUACGGCAAGUAAAAAUUUUCGGCCCCACCUAUCCUUUUUAUAAGCAUGAUAAAUCGCUCAUUUUGUGA